AUGAAGUGGUCAACUCUUCUCCCUUUGGCUCUCUCCACAUUUUCUCUCCUCCCCUCCACAGGCGCAUGGGAAGUAACAUGGACCGACGCCGACAACCAAAAGCACAGCCAAUCCGGCACUGGCCCCAGCGACUGCAUCGUGAUCGAUAACCCCAAGGGCAACAUAUUCAAGAUCGACUCCCAGGGCGAAAAGGGUAUCAACAUGCUCCUUUUCACAAACAACAAGUGCGAUGGCAAGCCAAGUGGCAUGGCCAUCGAGGUCUUCUCCAAGGCCUCUUCCCAGGAUCUGCUCGGCUUCCAGGUCGUAGCUCUUUCAACCGCAACGACGGCAACCGCCACGACUGGAAAAUCUGUCAGCCGAGUUGCGACGACGUUCCCGGCCAGUGAGACGGCCUCGACGAGCGCCAGCGAUAACGGUGGAUCGAUGACGAUUCAACCUACGGAUUCGAUGACGAUCCAGCCGACGGAUGAGAUGAGCACAACUGCGACUGCGACCACAACUUCGACUGCUGGAAGCUCCAGCACAGCGUCUUCGAGGACUUCGAGUGCGGCGAGCGCAGCUACCUCCAAUGCGGCAGGCCAGCUGACUUCGAACGGGGAUAUGGUGAAGGGGCUUGUGGGUACGAUCUUCGGGUUUGGUUUGGUACAAUAUAUGAUUUAG